AUGGGAAACCGAAGCUCGUCGCACUACCCACCGCCUCCACACUGGAUGCACCAGAGGCAAGCCUACUCCACGACAACGUCUCCCUAUCCAGAAGCGAAACAAAGACCAAUUGCUCCAGGAGCAUUCGCUGAACCGUACAUGCUGCACAACCCUCAUCACCCCCAAUCCAAAGCCCAAAUGAGACGGUCAAUGAUUUCCCUGAAUGCAGAUUCUGGAUAUAUGGGCGGUCCAGAUUCAGAGAGAUUACGACAGAUGAGAGGGUCGAGGAUGUCAUUGAAUCAAGUGGAUUUUGAGCCGGCAAUGAUGCCACCGCCAAGGAUUCUGAUACCUCAUGAUGCGAAGACGUUGAAAAAGUUGGAGAAAAUGGAAAAGAAGCAUCAAAAGUUGAUGAAAAAGUUAGGAGCAAGAGGGAUUCCGAUUCAGAUGCCACCACCACCGCCGCCUAUGCAUCCCAUGUAUUCAAGAGCAAUGAGUUUCGACGAUUUACACAGGAUGCACCACGAAGCUCCAGAAAUCGACGUUCGACUGAGGCCACGGGAUUGGAGAGCUUCAGAAGAACGACGAGGGUUACCGACGAGACGGGAGACGCAGAGUCAAUAUGUGAAGCACAAUUACUCAAGCACCAACCGACGAACCGAACUGAACGGUUCGUUGGCCUCAUCGUCCCCAAUGACAUCGUCAGAAGAAGGUGGACAUUCUUCAGAUCCAUGGAACAGUUCCAGUAUUUCUUCUGGGAAACGAGAUAUACUCUCGCCACCAAUGUACAGUAGCACACCACAUCAUCAUAAUCAUCAACAAAUUUCACAUCGUCAGGUUACUUCUCCACAACCACCAAUCACAAAAACAAUCGAGGUGAAAGUUGAGAGAAGUGAGAAAUUGGAGCAGCAAGUGUCAUCCCCAGAGCCACCACCACAAAAGCCUCCAUCAACCACUCAAACGACGUCAUCCACGUCAUCAAGAAUCCAACAUCAUCAUGUUGCUGCACCAGGAUCCAACGCCACGUAUGCACAGCCAAUCAUCCGGGGACAACCAUCCUAUGGAUCCAGAUCAUCGUCAAUUGCCACUUCACAGAUGAGAUGUGAUCAGUCGGAAAUUGAUUUUUCAUGGGUUAAUGAGGAAGAGGAUAAGCUGAAAAGAGAGUCGAAAAGAAUAGACAGUCUUCCGGAAUUCUACUUUGGCAUGGACCCUCCACCGGUCGUUUCCAAUGAAAGUGAAAAAGAGAAUGAUGAGGAGAAGAGACGCAGACGGAAAAGUAGUGUACUGGAAAAAACAGCAGCUUUCGAGAUUGAAGCUAGAAGAAACGAUAGAAAAGAGCCGGCCUUCUUGUCUAGAUCCAGCCAUCAGCUUUUGACGACUUCUGAAAAAAUUCCACCAGUCGAUUAUUCACCACUUUCGAUUCACACAAAAGAGAUGGGCGGUCCCGCUGAACGUCGAAUUUAUCGAUUCCAGAAGCAACACGAUCAACAACAACAAUAUUCAGAUGAUCGUCGUUACCGAAGCAGUAUUGCAUUUUAA